AUGCAAGCGAUUCUCCCUGGCCGGCCACAAGCUCAACUGCAGGCCGUGUCGACCGGAGUGUUUGAAGGCCAGACGCUCGUCUGCUACAUCUCUGGCAGCGCCCUCGUCAUUUGCAACGGCCCCGACUCGCUCCUCCAGACCAUCUACCAUGAAGACCUCGUUCCGCCGUUUCCCCUCGUCGCCGUCUCAUACGACCCGCGCAGCGCAAAGAUCGCGACCGCCUCCAACGACAAUGUCUACCUUUACGUCUUGCGUGAAGAGAUCAAGGGCCAGUUGCGCUGGUUCCUCGACAUGACAGUCGAGAUCAACCAGGACGAGCACAGGAACAAGGAAGAAUCAAGGAUCCGCAGCUUGUCUUGGGGCACCGACGACGAGCUGCUCGUCGCAUCCAACAAGGUCCAACUGCUCUCGACCCAGGACCACACCACCCGCUGGACCCGUUCCCUACCCUCGCCCGUGUCGCACGCCACUUUCUCGCCCUCUGCCGCCCUCCUCGCUACCACGUCACGAUACGACCGACUGGUCAAGAUCUGGCGCCGUCUGUCGUUCGAGUCUGCCAUCUUCGACUACGCCUACCUCGCCCACCCAGACAUUGUCACCCACCUCGAAUGGCGCUCUGACGCUGCCGACCAAGACGUCCUGUAUACGGUCUGUCUGGAUGGCAAGCUGCGCGUGUGGAAGACUGGCCUUCCCCAGCAGAUGGACGUGCUUGGCCUGUACGCUGAACUGGACCUGAUGAAAGCGGUGCGCCCUCUGGUGCCGUCCAACCGUCGCUACGCUUUCCUCGUUCUCUCGACCGUCUUCUCCAACGCCGUCGCCCACGCCGUCAGCACACAAACUCUUCCUGCCGAACGCCACGCUAUCGAGUACAUGAAAGAGCUGGAGAAGAGACACCCGGACAUUGUGGUUGUGACGGACGAUCAAGGACACAUGAGUGCCUGGGGCUUGGAGAAUGUCGGCUGCAAGAAGAGGACGAGCAUCGCUGAGCACGGCGAAUUCUUCCAUGCCACCCAUGUCGAAAACCUCUUCUUCGACUUUUCCAAGCACGCUCACGUCGGCGAGGACAAUGCCCGCAUUAUCAAUUUCGCCCUUCCUGGCCAGCCUGGAGAUAUCGCUCUGUUGGUGCACCACUUUGACGGCCGUCUCCAGUGGUACCAGGGAAGCGUGCAUCACGUCUUCGAUCCAUCACCGCGAAAGCAGCGGAUGCGCAACUUGGCCUCCUGGACUGGCCACUCUUCGGCGAUCAAAAAGCUUAUCCGCACCGCCAAUGGAUCAGCAGUCAUCUCACGCACCGAUACCGACGAAGGGGUUGUCUGGAAGCACCGUGGCAAGUUUCUGGUCAGGAAGAGCAAGACAAAGCUGCACGAACACAUCCACCGCACCGCCCUGCUCAACGACGGCGACUUUGUUGUCCUCCUGCACCAUGAAAGCAUCUCGAUGUGGGACGCCCGUCUUCCCAAUGCCACCGAAAUUGGCCGCUGUACAUACUCGACCUCUGGCAAACCUCUGUGUCUUCUCUCACUCCCUGCUCCCGAAAGUGCUGGCCACCUAUCAUACCUUGCCACCGUCACUGCAGACAUGCACGGUGUCGUCUGGGAGCUCGACCUUGUCUCGUCUGCACCAACCAUGACACAGUUUUGUACCUUCCAGCUCGACCGCAUCGAGGACAUGUCCUACUUUCUACCCGUUGACCCCGCCGGUAGUUCACCUGUCCUCUCUGGGCUCUUUGACACGUUUGCCCAAGACGUUGCCGUCUCUUGGACCACAACCGGCAUCCUCCAGACCUGGACGGCCAAGAUUGACCAGCAGAACACGGCGGUCACUUGGCUCAACAUUUCUACUACUCAUACAAGCAUCCAGGACCCUUCGCUUGGCAGCGGCACUUCAAUCCGCAAAGCUGCUCUGGUCGACAAGUCUCGCUCCACUCUGACCAUCUGGGAUACAAAGAGUGGACGUCUGGAUUAUGAAGAGACUUUUCAGAACCAAACAAUCCAGGAUCUCGACUGGGCUUCGACUCCUGACAAUCAAUCUAUCCUUGCUGUCGGCUUCCCUCACGCCGUCUUUGUAUAUACCCAACUGCGCUACGAUUACGUCACCGAACGCCCCUCCUGGGGACGCAUCAAGCAAAUCAACACCCGCCAUCUAUCCCCUCACCCUAUUGGAGACUCGGUCUGGCUGGGUUCUGGCAAUCUGGUCAUCGGUGCUGGUAACCAGCUCUAUCUUGCUGGUAACGACGUCGAUCCGCAGAAAGAUCUUUCUCCCGACUUGCAAGGCUCAGCUCCGCACAAAUCAUCAGCUCGCAUCCAAGAUGUUGUGCGCAGGCUAAACGGUCCGCUGCCUGUCUUCCAUCCACAAUUUAUAUCACAAUGCAUUCUUGCCGGCAAGAUGGACAUUGUUCACCGCAUCCUACUCAAUCUUCAAAAGACCCUCAAAUUCUAUACCGAGGGCGACGACCUCGACUCUUUCCAGGGCCUCCACGUUGACGACUUCAUGUCAUCCGCAGAAAAAUACUCGAAUUCCAGCAAACAGCUACAUAAAUCCUACAGCACUCUCGACAUGGAAGAAGAGUCGACCACCGUCACCGAAAAAGUCGCCACAGCCAUCGUGUCCCUGCUCUCCGAGAAGUCCAUCCCUCAACUGUCGAGUACCGAGCAACUUAGUCUAGCCGACAUUAUUGAAUGCGUUGGCAUGGCCGAAAAGCACCGACGCUCCAUCGAUGAAAACGCCGCUCGCUAUCUCCUCUUUUGGAGAGAGACUGUGAUGCGCUCGCGCCAGUCAUCAUCCUCCGCUGCUGUCACCUGGCGCGAGAUGCUCUGGGCUUAUCACAGUACCAGUCAAGACAUCCUGGUCGACAUUGUCACCCGUCAGAACAAGGGACAGAUGACUUGGUCUCAUGCUUGCAAUACCGGUGUCUUUGUCUGGCUCACAGAUCGAGAAGCUCUUCUCCAACAAUUCGAGGCUGUCGCAAGAAGUGCCUACACAAGCACCGAACUUCGCGAUCCUGUCAACUGCUCUCUCCACUACCUCGCCCUUCGUAAGAAGAAUGUUCUGACGGGCCUGUGGCGCAUGGCUACCUGGUCAAGAGAACAAGCUGCGACGAUGCGACUUUUGAAGAACGACUUCUCCGACCCAAGGUGGCGCACUGCUGCAAAUAAGAAUGCAUAUGCGCUCAUGGGCAAGAGAAGAUUCGAGUACGCUGCAGCCUUCUUCCUCCUUGCCGACAAUCUUGACUCUGCUGUCUCCGUGCUCAGCAACCAGCUCGGUGACAUCCAGUUGGCCAUCGCUGUUGCCCGUGUCUAUGGGGGAGAUGAUUCACCUACGCUGAAGAAGUUCUUGAAUGAGCGAGUACUUCCCAAUGCCGCCCGCGAAGGCAAUCGUUGCCAGGCAACUUGGACAUACUGGAUGCUGGGAGAACGAUCUCUGGCUGUGCGGGCUCUUGUGAGCCCUCUCCACUCGCUGCUCGUCCCGCCCGGUUCGCCACCAGACUCCUUACAAGCCAAGAGCUUCCGCAAUGACGAUCCCGCGCUCGUCGUUCUCUAUCAACAACUACGAGAGAAAAGUCUGCAAACUCUGAGAGGCGCACUCAUGAUCAGUGGCAAAGAAGAGUGUGAGUUCAUAACUGAAACUGCGAGAUUGCUAUUGCGUAUGGGUUGCGAUAUUCUCGCUCUGGACCUCGUACGACACUGGGAGUUUCUACAGCCGCCGCCUGUAACAAAACAAGAGAAGGAACAGGAUGAUGUUGAAGAGUCCAUCGCCGAACUACCACCUCGCAGGCUCUCGAGAACCACUUCCGAGAGCUUUGACCCCAGAAAACUGCUUCGCCGUAGAAGCAGUCUUGUUGUUGCUGACCUCCCCGAAGGUAGACCCGUCAUACAGGAGAAUAAAGAAGGAGGAGAUGCGGCGCCCAGAGGAGAGUUCGCUGCGCAAAAGCAUGAUAUAGAAGAAGCCGAGAAGGUGGAACAGUCGUACAAAAUGCCCAAGGGAUUGAAGCAGCCACCUCCUGAGGCAUUCAAGGAACCCGAUCCGAAUUCUUUGCUUGAUGCGUUUGGGUUUUGA